CCUCGACUCUCCACACACACUCGGCGCAACCAUGAGACUGCUUCUGGCCUGCGCUUUCUUGCUGGCUGCCGUAGCCACAGUCCGAGCCGCAGCCACUGAAGAAAAGAAGCAUGAGAAACGAGGCCUACUGAGUAGCUACGGGGGCGGCUAUGGAGGCGGCUACGGUGGCUAUGGUGGCGGCUACGGCCUGGGCGGUGGUCUUGGAUACGGCUCUGGCUUCGGUUCCGGCAUUGGGUUUGGCUCAGGUGCCGGCCUUGGUAUCGGCUCUGGUAUCGGAGUGGCGGUGUCAGCUCCGGCAGUGAGGACCGUGACACAAGCAGUAGCGGUUCCAGUGGCCCAGCCCGUACCUGUGACCGUCAACAGGCCCGUGCCCGUACCUGUAGCACAGCCCAUCCCAGUGUCGGUACCCAGGCCCUACCCCGUCAGUGUCCCUCAUCCCGUACCUGUCUCUGUGCCCAGGCCGUACCCUGUGAGUGUGCCCAGGCCAGUAGCUGUGCCUGUGCCUCAGGCCGUGCCUGUGCCAGUCCCUCAGCCCUACCCCGUCAGCGUGCCUCAGCCGGUCCCUGUGCAAGUGCCUCAGCCCGUGGCUGUGCCAGUGCCUCAGCCCGUCACCGUCACUAGGCCAGUGUUCAUCUCCUCCGGCCAAGGAGGCGGCUUCGGCGGCGCCGGGGGCUUUGGCUACGCUUCCGGGAUUGGAGGCGGCAUCGGCGGCGGUUUAGGAGGUGUCUACGGAGGCGGCAUCGGAGGAGGCAUCGACGGCGGCUACAGUUCUGGACACGGAGCCAGCAGCUUGGGAGCUAUCGGCUAUGCCUCAGGACUCAGCUAUGGAUCCGGGUCUAGCCACGGCUUCAGUUCCGGCUACAGCUCUGGAUAUGGUUAUGGCCAUGGAUUAGGAUACAGCAAGCACUGAUGAAAAUUAUUGCACAUUAGAUUGUGUUCGUCUAGUCAGCUGCGAAAUGAAUCGCCUUUUUUAUACUGGAACAUUCACUAAAUACACCAAUUUGUCAACUUUUUACUUGUUAUACUUUUGCUAUGGAAUAAUUAUUUGUUUUCAAGAUAUUAAAUAAAUAUAUUUUGCCCCCA